AUGUUUCUUCCCACCGACUGGAGCGACCAAGAAAUUUCAUGUCCCGUUCGGGGAAGGUGCCGCAAUCGAACGACCGCCGGAGAAACUGAUCGGAGAAACUAUCCUCUUGUAAUAGCUGGUUAUCACGUGACUAAUUUGGCUCCAUCUUCAUCCUACAUUUCCCGCAUGGCACGAUCAGUAUCUCCGCCUCAGUCAUCUCAUCGCGCUUCUGUUCUAUUCAAGAUGAACGCUGCUACCGCUCUCCGGGCCCGCAUGGCUACCUCCUUCGUUGCCCGCCGUGGCUUUUCCACCACCCGCAGCCAGCUUUCCAGCCCUUACCACUACGCUGAGGGUCCUCGCUCCAACAUCCCCUUCAACCCUCUUACCAAGUACUUCUUCUUCAGAUACUGGGCUUUCAUGAUCACCGGUUUCGGUGCUCCCUUCGCUAUUGCUGUCUGGCAAACCUACAAGACCCGCUAAAUCCGCCUCCGCGCGCCCCUGGGGUAUCCGGCAAUGGUGGGAUCGAGCUGUCUUGGGGAAUUCGUAUAAUCUGUAUAAAUUUAGAGAAUCCAUUCGGCCUUGAGCCUUUAACCCAGAA